GCUGCGGUGAGAGGAGCCGUCAUGUCGCUGCGGUUUACCGAUGAGGAGUUUCAGAGCGCCUGGAGGGAGCUGGACGAGCCGCAGCUGGAGGGAGGAUGGGAGCUCUUCGUCGAGACGAUGGGAGUCAAAAUCUACCGGCUCUAUGAAAAGGAAACUGGACUUUAUGAGUACAAAGUCUUUGGUGUGCUCACCACCUGCACCCCAGAGCUGUGUGCAGAUGUCUACAUGGACCUGAUGUAUCGGAAACAUUGGGAUACAUAUGUGAAAGAGCUCAAUGAGCAGGAUUUCAGUGGACAGACGGCGAUCUACUGGGAAGUGAAAUACCCGUUUCCUCUGUCAAACAGAGAUUAUGUGUACAUGAGGGAGCGCAGAGACCUGGACCAGGACGGCAGGAGAAUCUGGGUGAUCCUGGCCAAAAGUGCUCCGGAGACGCCGUGUGCAGAGAAGAGUGGCGUGCUGCGCGUCAAAGACUACAAGCAGAGCGUCGCCCUGGAGAGCGACGGAGGCUGUGGGACUAAACUUUUUAUGAAUUACUUUGACAACCCUGGAGGAAAUAUUCCAACCUGGCUGGUGAACUGGGCAGCGAAGAGUGGGGUUCCAGGUUUCCUCACAGCCAUGCAGAAGGCCUGCAGCAAUUACAGCAACUACUGCCAGAAGAAAUGAACGCAACUGACAGAACAAUGGGCUCAUGCACAAGGGCUUGAUUCUUAUGUUUCUUGUUUUUAGCUCUGGGAGGUAUUCUGACUCUGUGUGAUCAAAUGUUCAUGUUGUGAGCUGCUACUUGUUGUUGCAGCACACUGUUGACUCAGGCAUGACGUGCAUGACUGGCCACCCUCAUUACUCAGCUGCUGUUCAAUCAAUUCUGUUUCGCUGUACUGUAUUGAUCAAUACUCUAUCUAUCCUCUUCUCUGUGCAAUCACUGUAAGCUUCAGUGUCUCUAGGAUUCAGGAACUUCCUUAGGAUAUUCAAGCCUUUUUAAAAAGACAUCUUUAUAUAAAAAGUACUUAAAUGAAUGAUUAUUUUAGAGCCUAUGUUGUGAGACAUUCAGCCUCAUGCAGGAAGCAAUAUUUAAACUAAUUUACAUAAUUUGUUAUUUUUUUGUAUAUUUCUUGGAUUCUCCAAUGUUUUACUUUAACUUAAAAAAAUGCAUGAAUAUAAUUUAAUUUAGGUUAUUAUAUAGUGUAGAUUAUUAUGUUUAUGUAUGCGAUUAUUACAUGUUUUAGCCAGGUUUUUCUGCAUUGACACUCUGGAAAAUCAUGUUUACUUUGUUUAAGUUUAUUGAACAGAAAGUUGAAUUCACUCCUGCUGAGUUUUCUUCUUUUUACAGCCUUUUUCUGUGCCAUCUCUCCUGUUCCUGAGUGUUUACACACGGCACAACACCUGCACUUACAGAGCAUUUAUAGGUAUUAUAUGAUGAAUUAAGUGGGAUUAAUCAUUCUGCACACCUUGGGUGGUUAGUAAAGGUUUGCUGCAUGUAGAAUUUAAGUUUAUUAAUUGUUUAAAUUAGGAGAAAGUUGCUGCAUGAGGCCUGUUAAUUAGUUCAAAUUGCAGCUUUUUCCAUAGAAUUUCACUCCUUCGCGGUGUUUUAGAUUUGUUUUCUGUUAAAUGUGACGGAUGCAUUAUACUUUGAUUUGUUGUACUGUAUGUUCGGUCUCACUGGGAUCUUCCUAUCGUCCGUUCAAUUCACUGGAACUCACUCACUAGUUAUAAUGAUGUGAAAACGACUAAUUUAUUCUGUGCUUCUGAAGGAAUGUUGCCUGAUGGGUUAUUUGUGAUUCAUUUCAGUGGGUUCAUUACUUAUGCAAAGAUCACGUUAUGAUGCUCUGUGCUGAUUUAUUAUGGGUGCAUACGAUCAAAGAAACGCUAUCUGAGAUAUUACUGUAUGGGUGAAGGCUGUAGCGCUCCUCUGUAUGCAGGUGAAUAUGGUAUAAUCUGGUUUUGAAAAGCCUAUUACUGUGUAAUAUUGCUGUGUUACUGAAAUGAAUAAACUUUCAUUUUAAAUUGAGUGCAUACCAUUAAACUGUUUGUUGCUUUU